CUACUUUCACAGCAGUUUUGCGAUAUCCAGCGAGAGGUUGAUGUGACUGAGAGUAUAUUGGGUACCUAUUUUAUCACCUUUGAUAGAAUCACACAACAGAUGCCCUCGGCCGCAGAUCUUUUACGGCUAAUGGUAUUCCUCGAUCGUCAGAACAUACCGGAAGAGAUAUUGAGCCAAAGCGGCUUGAAUGGGAUGGAUGAUCCGGUUGAAUUUCGUCAGGCCGUUGGAAGGCUUUUAGCAUUUUCGUUGGUUGCCAUUGUUAUGCGCGAGGAGAAAACAUUUUAUGAGCUUCAUCGUUUAGUCCAACUAUCCUUGCAAGUGUAUUACCCAACUAAGCAGUUGAAGCAAGCAAGGGCCGCCGCGCUGAGAGUCGUUUCACGACUGUUCCCGCAGGGUGAGAGUGAGCAGCGGGAGAUUGGUCAUGUAUACAUUCCGCAUGCACUUGCAGUGACUCAAGAUUCGCUGGGUCCUAUUGCGGAGGAACUUUGUUUUCACAUGGGGCGGUACUUCCGAGAGAAAGGCUCCUACAGUGAUGCAGAAAUUCAGUUUCGCCGAUGUAUUUCACUUCAAGGGAAGCCUAAAGAUUAUGGCCGGGGUGCCGAGGAUGAACGGAGAUUGAAGCUCCUGGGAGCAGCAACUGGAUAUCGACCGAUGACCGAUGUGGCGGUGAAGAUGUUUCGGAGAAUGCUGGGCGGGGUUAAGAAGUACUCGCAUUCAAGCAGUGCUGGUAUUCUAGAGUACGUAAGUUACUUGGCUCUCACGCUGCAGGACCAGGGAAAAUACGAGGAAUCAGAAACGAUGCAUCGGCGGACACUAGAGAAGAGGAAGAAGAUUCUAGGACCAGACCACCCCCACACCCUAACGAGUGCCAACAACCUAGCCAACGUGCUGCAAGACCAAGGGAAGUACGAAGAAGCAGAGAGGAUGCAUCGGCAUACACUG